AUGUCUGGACCUCUGGCUGCAAACGACCUGCGUGGAGCUGGAACCGAUGUUAAACGGGUUUACAACCAGAAGGCGAAAUGGGCUUAUGGUGGCCGAUCUGCGUUCCCUCACCAGGAGGUCUCCGAAGUAUCCCCGGUCACCCGUCCUGCGGUGCCCUCCACUCAUUAUAUGAGCCUCCAUCGGGCCAUGCAGCACGACCGGAAGGCCAAGACCAAUCAACUCGCCACCUCGGCCAAGAUCGACCUCCGAUACGAUAUCCGAGAGGCCCUUGAUAGCGGCCCCUCGGACUCUUCCAGUGGCGAAGACGUCGAUGACCCCGCAUCAGCGCCGACUAUCGCGGAGGAGCCGGACGACGAGGCCGUCGCUACAGUCGAACACUACGAAGUCGCCGGCCAAACGAUCCUCUCGGAUGCGGUGAACAAGGCCGUGGAACGGUUCGAGACGAAGGAGACCGAGAAACUCGUCAAGGAGUACGAAAUCGUGUCGCAUGAGCAUGAUACCAACGGCGGUUAUCUGGCCGACGACGACUUUGAGCUGGUGGACCGCGUUCGUUUGUAA